UAACAUCAUGUCAGGGCGUUCGUUCUUAAAAUACUAACACCGAGGGGAGGGAAUACAAUUGCAAAUCGGACAAAUGUAGGUCAAAUCAAGCUGGUGUUAUUUUGGAAAGAAAGGCAGUCAAUCUUCUAACUGCAUUUCUGUGACAUCACUGACACCCCGACUGUAGAAAUAGUGCCGUCCAGUGAAAGUUGCUCUGCGGUCUUUGUUCCUCUCAUGUUAGUUUCUUUUCGUCGCCCGACAACAUGAACGUGUCCGACUCCUGGCGCGUCGGAGAUUCUCCCGCUCCUGCGUUGGAGAUGUCGGAGACGCCGGGCGCGCGUGCCACCAGGGAGCAGGGCGCACAGCUGGAUCUAAACGCGCCGCCGACGUUCCCUCAACGCCGAGCCUCGCACCUGUACGGCUAUGGUCACCGAAUGUCCGUGUACAGCAAUACGCGGCCCGUCAUCACCCGUACUUACCUUCAAGGACAGGUGUACAACUUUCUAGAAAGACCAUCGGGGUGGAAAUGCUUUGUGUAUCACUUUACAGUGUUUUUGAUUGUACUAUCUUGCCUGAUCCUCAGCGUACUGUCCACUAUUGUUGAGUUUCAGGCUCUGGCCCAAGAAACACUUUUCUGGGUGGAAAUAGUGUUGGUGGUAUUUUUCGGAGUGGAGUAUGUGGUGAGGCUGUGGUCUGCAGGAUGCCGCAGUAAAUACGUGGGUAUUCUGGGGAGGCUCCGCUUCGCAAGAAAGCCCAUCUCUAUCAUUGACCUAAUUGUGGUGGUGGCCUCGGUCAUUGUUCUUUCAGUAGGCUCUAAUGGGCAGGUCUUUGCAACUUCUGCUGUGAGAGGCAUUCGCUUUUUGCAGAUCCUUCGAAUGUUGCAUGUGGAUCGACAGGGAGGAACUUGGAGGCUGCUGGGAUCCGUGGUCUUCAUCCAUCGCCAGGAACUGAUCACGACGCUCUAUAUUGGAUUCUUGGGUCUGAUCUUCUGCUCGUACUUUGUGUACCUGGCAGAAAAAGACGCGGUGGACAGCAGUGGAGACUGUGAAUUUUCCAGCUAUGCUGAUGCACUGUGGUGGGGAGUGGUGACAGUGACCACAAUUGGAUAUGGGGAUAAGGUGCCACAGACGUGGAUAGGGAAAACUAUUGGCUCCUGUUUUGCCGUCUUUGCUAUGUCCUUUUUUGCUCUGCCUGCUGGCAUUCUGGGUUCAGGCUUUGCCCUAAAAGUGCAGCAGAAACAGAGACAGAAGCAUUUCAACAGGCAAAUUCCUGCUGCAGCCUGUCUUAUACAGACGUCUUGGAGAUGUUUUGCAGUAGAAAACCCGGACUCUUCCACCUAUAAGAUGUUUGUGAGAAAGAAGCCUCUGUCGUCGAUUCACACAGCAUCCAGUCCUAAGGAAAAAAAAACUGUGAAAAUGAGAAGAAAGAUGAAGUCCACUGAGAAAGACAAUGGUCCAAGCUCUCCAACAAUUCCUACAAUCACCUUUGACUCUGCGUUCGAUGAUGGCCGAAGUCAGGAUACGGUGUACAGUACUGAAACUUCCGUAAAAGCAGUUGCUCAGAGAAGAUUUGGUGAGCUGCUGUUAGUGUCUGCUGCUGCAUGUCUUUGCUUACAGCAAAGGUCAGAGUUUUUGGAGGUGCAUCAACGUCCUCAAUUGCAGAGGAUCAACAGUUUUGCAGAUGACCUGGAAAUGGAAGCAGAGAGAGACAUCCUUCUCCUUCCUGUCUCUCAUGUGUCAGAGUUGCGAGAAACCCACCGGGCGGCUAUUAAAGUGAUCCAGAGAAUGCGCUAUUUUGUGGCCAAAAAAAGGUUCCAGCAAGCACGUAAACCAUAUGAUGUCAGAGAUGUGAUCGAGCAGUACUCUCAAGGCCAUGUCAACCUCAUGGUGCGCAUCAAGGAGCUGCAGAGGAGACUGGAUCAGAGUUUGGGGAAACUGUCCUUGUUCCAGACAAGCUCAGAGAGAGCUAGAGAUAAAGGCACAAAUACAAUUGGCUCCCGACUCAAAAGGAUGGAGGACAAGAUCUUACACAUGGACAAGACACUAAACCGCAUUGUGGACUCUAUGAACCUCCUGCUGAAGAGGGAGAGUGAUGUGAGCAGUGUGGCAGGAGCAACACAGGGUGAAAGGGCCCACAUGCUAACACGCGACCUCAGUCUGCCCACGUAUGACCAGCUCUCCACCCCAUGUCCAUCUGCCCUCGAGGACAGCUCCUGAGCUGAAGCAGCUCCCAAAAACAACUGAAUCAAGUGCCUUGAGUGGGGUGAGGUUUGUGUUGGAGAAGAGUAGACACAGACAAAAGAACACUGAGUCAGAGCUUGAUUAGAUUUACUCAGGUGGACCAAUCAUAUCAAGUCACUUGUAAGAUGAAUUUAAAAAGAUGUAAUCUCUCAUGCACAUAGUAUGACGUGGAUUACUGUUUUGGCUUGGUGUGUUUACUGUAUAAGGAAAAAUAUGUGAGAUCAUUUUUAAUUACUUCAGUUUCUUCAUUUACUGAUUAAAAUUAAAUCAGGGUUUUUUGUUAGGUUUUGAUGCAAGGUACGGGGAAGCUUGUGGCAAGCUAUGCACAUCCAAAUGGUUGCAUAAAUAUUUAUUAGAUCCAGUCAUUUGGGGUGGUUUUGCAAUCUGUACAUUUGAAAUCUACUUUAUUUAUUAAGGCAUGUAUACAUUGAUUCACAAAUGUAUACAUGCAUACUUGUACUGAUUUUCUUUCACAUGCUAAAGUAUUAGUGUUGUUCAAAUAAUGAGCCAGGUGUUGUUUACUGGUAUAUUCCAGAAGCAACACUGCUAAAUUCUUUUUUUGAUUUUUAUACAUGCUCUUUUUUCUGUUCUCAUUAAUAAAUAUUAACUAUCACUAAUGAAUUU